AUUAAUUUAUAUGUUAUUUUGAUUAUAUUUUCUUCAAACUAUUAUUCAUAGUUGUAUAUAGUAUAGAGAUGAAGAUACUUCCGGCCAUACCUAACGAUGCAUCUAAUUUUUUUUAUUCUAUGGAACACAAGCUUACAUGGCGUCGUUUGAUAUCACUCGUUGUUGGUUGACGCUUGGGUUAUAAAAACAUCCGUUGAUUUUGCAAAGGAAAAGUGUAGUGUAUCGGAAAUUGAAUAAUGAGAAAGUCACCGUUAAGUAUGCCGGGCGGUAGUAGAAGUCAGAAUAAUCACGAGUGGAAGUCUUACGUUGAUACGAGAAGGACAAAUUGUAGUUUUGUUGCUUACAAGCGUGGGUGUUAUUCUUACAACGGUGUAGAACUGAAUCGUGGCGAUAACGACUUUAUUCCCUUGAACACUAGUACGCCGGAUCAAAGGAGACACAGUGGUAACAGAUAUGGUUCUGGGAUUGGUCGAAAUCACCGCAAUUCAGGUAGUUGGUUGUUUAAUGAUUAUAGAGGAAACCACUUUGCGAACACAAAACUGCAUUUCAAUAAUUCCUACUCUCCUUAUAAGCAUACUGGUAUGCAAUUUCAUGGACAAAAUAAGAAUAUGCAAAAGGAUAGUCAUAGGCAAAUUGACAUAUCAAGAUAUAUUGACAUUAAGUCUAUCUUAGAAGAUCCAUGGGCUGAAUUAAUGCAAAAAAUGGAUGACUCUACGUCGUCUGAUAAAGUUGACGCUUUAAAUGGACGCUCCAGUAUUCCUUAUUCCAAAGAGAUUAGCAAAAGCGUGUCUUUGGUUGAUACAUACUUUCAGAAUAACCAACACAAUGCAGAAUCUCAAAAUCAGUCUAUAAAUACUGAUUUAAAAAUAAGCGAUAACUCUUUGAAAGUUACAAAUAUAUCGGAUAAUCAAUUGGAAGAUACUAAAUUGGAUUCUACUUCGAAUAAUGAAAGUUUGUGCAAUAAUAGUAAUGAUAAUAAUCAUGUGGCGGAUAAAGAAAUUAAACAAAACAUAUAGCAAUUGAUCAAUGUUACAUACAUAUAAAUCAUACGUAAUAAGGAAAGAGCAAAAUUUCUUCAAAGACGAUUCAUAGAUACGACAAUGCAAUCUUUAAUUGUAUGUAUGUACAUUUUAUUAAUGUAUAUAAAAUUUUGCACGCAUCAUAUAUAAUUUAAGAUACAUACGUACGUACAUAUACACACAUACAUGCAUACAUGCGUACAUAUACAUACAUACAUACAUACAUACAUACAUACAUACAUACAUACAUACAUACAUACAUACAUAUACAUACAUACAUAUACAUACAUACAUACAUACAUACAUACAUACAUACAUACAUACAUAUAUUAAUGAGAUUAGCAAGGUGAUAUAUAAGCAUAUGAUUAGUGUAAAUAGAGCUAUUUUUUAAGUGCAGAUCUUUUUUGUAAAAGUAGAAUUUUAAUCUAUGUGGAUUGGAUAUAUACAAGAAGUGCAGUAUAAAAUUAUCUUUCACAUUGAACUUUCGUAAGAAGGCUGUGAAGAAAUGUAUAAUAUUUACUGAAAAUGAUUUAUAUGUGCAAUUCUAAUGUACACAGAGAGCAAAGCGUGUUUGAAUUACAAUUAGGUAAACAUUGAACACCAACUUCUUGUCCAUAGAUUAAGUAAUUAAGACAUGUCCUGAGGUUUAACACUCAGUUAGAUAACUUAAAUAAAACUGAAUUCUUUUUUUACUCUUAAUACAUAACGAAGAAAUCUUUGAAGAUUCACAGAGUCUGUAUAAUUAAGAGUAAUAUUAAUGUAGUAAAGAAACUUUAUUGUAGCAUGCGAUUAUCUGUACAUCGACUACAGUUAAUUUUAAUGUUCAUUAACUCUUAAUAAUAUUUAAUGAUAUAACUUAUGAAAUAAUGUUUUCAUCCCUCUAAAUGAUGAAUGUAACUUAAAUAGAUUUUGUUCUUUAUAUAUUUAAAGAAAUAGGAAUUAUUACAUGUAUGUAUCUCUAACAGGAAUAUUUACUUUACUUGUAUCAAUAGCAAUAUUGUUGAUAAAAUUAGUUUUAAUUCGGUACAAUUAAGUAUACAUAAGAAGUACGUGAUUUUGUAGAUAUUUAUAUAAUAUGAUUUUUUUUGUCUGUAUUAACAGCAAUACUCGUUUUUACAUAUUUGAUCUCUGUAUUAUGUGAAUUUGCAUAUGUGUAUGUCUUUGGUCAGAUAUGGAGACUGUAAACAGACUCAGUCAAAAGAGUUCUAAUGCAAUAUUAUGCUAAUAAAAAAAUAAAUAAUAAAUCAUAUAUAUAUACAUAUAUAUGUGUAUACAUAUGUGUAUGUGUAUGCGCGCGUGUGUGUGUUAGUGUACAUACAUAUGAUGAAAAGGAGAUACACUUUGUCCAGAUUUAUAUGAUACAUUACAAAGAACAGUGUGUGAAAUGGGACAAAAUAAAUUACAUGUUGUUUGUCACAUAUUAUAUGUGACGUUUCAUCUCAACAUGUUAAUUUAAUAUAUGUACAAAAUCAUGAACUGGUACAAACUUAACAAUUAACUUGAAAAAAUUUCAAUUAGUCUUAUUCUCAUGUAUUAAUAUAAUUAAUACAUAAAUUAAUGUAAUUUCUCACAAUAAUCUCUGUUGUAAAAAGCAUCAAUAAUCUGCUAAUAACUGUAUACCUAAUGUUCGAAACAAAAAAAAAAUAUAUGAAAAAUAUAAGAAAAAGCAAACCAAUGUCUAAUUACUUUGGAUAAUUUUAAUUUUUUAGGAAUUAUUCUUAAUGAAAUAACAAUGACAUUAAUUUUUAGUGUACACUAUUAAAGUUAAGGUCGAUUCAAUGAAAUUUAUAUAAUAAUCAUACUUACCAAUAAUGUCACAAUUAAAUUUUAUCUGAUGAGAUAACACAAUCUAAAAACUUAUAUGUAAUAAGCAACUUAAUAAGUAAUAAUUAACGAUCGAUUAAAUUGACUGGAUGAUAUAGCAUCAAUAUAUUUUAUAGAUCAGUAUUAUUAUAAUUCUGAGUUAGUGACACUUACUUAUUUAUAUACAGGAGACAAAAAUAAUAUAAAAUUAGUUGUUAUUAUUAUUAUUUCUUUUCUUUUUCUUUUUUUUUUUGUAAAAUCGCUCUUAAAUCGACUGUCUUAAGAUUGCCUUUCCAUAUAAGAGAAUAAGGAUUCAUCAUUACUUACUUUGGUCUCAUUGCUUAAAGCUAUAAUUCUGUUUUCUAUUACCUUUCUUUUGUUACUUUUUCUUUCUUUAAUGAUCUUAAUCCAUGGUCGGUAAAUAUAUAUUGCAUCGAAACGAAUAUUUUUCAUACUGCUUAUUUAUAAUAAACUUUAGGUAAGACAAUGUAAAUGACAAUAUCUUCAACGAAGCAACUUCUCAACUUCCUAAAUGACUAAUUUCGUUGCACAAAAAUCUUUUUCGAAAUAUUACACGCACAUUUCACAUUUCGUCCGUAUGUCUUAAAGGAUAAUAAAAUAAUAACGAUAAAUGAAAUAAUAUACAAUAAUAAUAACAUUUUUGAUUUUUUAUAGUUUAGUAACUUUGAUAUUUAAAUAAUAACGUUGAUAUUUGUUUAUCUUUACUUAUUCAAAAUCAACGAAUUUUUAAAUAAGUGUAAGAAAUAAUUCAAAAUUUGUUAUUUAAGAUAUAUUGUAAAUAAUACUUUUGAAAACGAUAACCCCUUUCUCGAUGUCGUUGCUUAAUCGCUUAACACACAGUCAUUCAUACAGAACAUACGCGCAUACAAUUAUACGAUUUACGUUUAAAUUUACUCGUAAACUAUUUGCAGCUAAGCGCGCUUUUAAAUUACAUCUAAGGCGGUUAUGCACCGCUGGUUCUGGCUGUGUACAUACAUUUUGUUAAUAGUUUGUACAUAUCAUACAUCAUCAUACAUAUAUAUAUAUAUAUAUAUACAUAUAUACGUGUAUGUAUGAUGCAUGUAUGCAUGUGUAUGUAUACGUACAGGGUAAUUCGUCAAAAGUUAUAUAGAAAUAUAUUUUCAAUUUAUAUACUUUAUGUACUACAUCAAAGAUUCGACAUACGCAUCCAUGAGGCGAACAUAAUCUAUUAUCGAUUGAUAUCGAUUAUCAAAGAUCGUACAGAAAUAAAUACAUUAUUUUAAAUCGAGAUUUUUAAGGAAUUUUUAUGAAUGACAUAAUAUGAAUGGAGCAGACAAUAAGUCUUAACAUAACCUAUCAGCUGGGAAUAUGAUCAUUGGAUAUCGAUUAUCGAAGAUCGUAUGAAGUACUCAUAUGUUAUUUUCAAUCGAGAUUUUUUCAUCAAUGAAACCGAAUGAAUGAAAAAUUACUGAUAAUUCUCUAUUUCGUUCGUAUAAUUCGAUAAAAGUAAAAUUAAGAAGAAUAUCUUUUCACGACACAAUUGAAAUUUUUCGUAAACAUUAUCGAAUUACCCUGUACAUUUAGUAAAGGAAGUUGUAUGAGGUAACUGUGUCAUUGAAGGAGAGAAAUAGAGAGAAAGAAAAAUAGAAGAAAAUAUUCUAAUUUGGUCGUUGACAAUGAAUUACACCGAUGGUCCGAAGGAACGUUCGAAUCGUCUUAAAUCUAUCUACACAUUAUAAUUGAUCAAUGAGCAAAAUAACGAGAAUAACGUGUACGAGAAUUCUAGAUGGUUCGAGUUAAGGUUACACUAUCGAUUUAUCUUUAUAAAUGUUAUACAAUAUCGUAUUGGAGACAUGGGUAAUACAAUACACAUGAAAGAGAAUAUGAUAUUCGAUAUAUAUCAACUAGUUACUAGAGCAACGAAAUGCCAGAAUAAAUAACGCGUUGAGAAUCA